AUGGUGAGGAAGAAGGGUCACCGCAAACCGUUUGUCCGAAAGCCGAUCUCUCCGAUAGAGAAGCUCUACGACUGUCCCCUCUGUGGUCAAGAGAAGGCAUGUUUGGUGGACAGGGAUAUCGCCACAAGUGAUGCUCGGAUCAGGUGUGAGAAGUGCGAUGAGUUGUACGCCACGAAAAUCACUCAUUUGUGUCAACCCAUAGACAUCUACUGCCAGUGGGUGUCGACGCACGCGAGGAAGCCAUUCAUUGAGCCCAACAUACGCCCCCACAUACCUGUCCACUCGCACUCAUGUUAA